AAACCCCCAUUCAUACCAAACCUUUCAAGCAUCAUCCCAAUAAACAAACCCACACAAAAUCAAACGCAGAGAGAGCCAAUCCAAGCCAACACCUACCCACCUAAUCCUUUUAUUCCUCUUCUUCUUUUUUUUUUUUUUUUUCCUUCCUUUUUUUAAAAAUUUUUUUUAUCUUAUUUCUCUGUUUAGAUUCUAAGCAAAAAAAAAACAAACAAACUCGAGGCUCUGUGUUUGGUCAAAUAUGGGAAACAUCAUCUUAGAAGCUCUGAAUGUUCGGGUUGUCGGGUCGGGCGAGAGGACCCUUGUCCUCGCCCAUGGGAUCGGGACGGACCAGUCGGUGUGGCAGCGCAUUUUGCCCUACUUCACCCCCAGCUACCGCGUCAUCCUAUACGACCUCGUCUGCGCCGGCAGCGUCAACCCCGAUUACUUCGAUUUCCGGCGAUACAGUACCCUCGACGCCUUCGUCGACGACCUCCUCGCCAUCGUCGACGCCCUCAACGUCGAUCGCUGCUUCUACGUCGGCCACUCCGUCUCCGCCAUGACCGGGAUCCUCGCCGCCAUUCGCCGGCCCGAACUCUUCUCCAAGCUCGUCCUCGUCGGCGCAUCCCCUAGGUUCCUGAACGACAAGGACUACCACGGAGGGUUCGAGCAUGGGGAGAUCGAGAAGGUGUUCUCGGCAAUGGAGGCGAAUUACGAGGCGUGGGUGAGCGGGUUCGCGCCGCUGGCAGUGGGGGCGGAUGUGCCGGCGGCAGUGAGGGAAUUCAGCCGGACGCUGUUCAACAUGAGGCCGGACAUCACGCUGUUCGUGUCGCGGACGGUUUUCAACAGCGAUCUGAGAGGGGUUUUGGGGCUGGUGAAGGUCCCCUGUUGCGUAAUGCAAACGGCAAGGGACGUGUCCGUUCCGGCGUCGGUCGCCGGUUACCUGAGGGACCAUUUGGGCGGCCGGAACACGGUGGAGAUGCUCGAGACGGAGGGCCAUUUGCCGCACUUGAGUGCGCCGGCGCUCUUCGCUCAGAAGCUCCGCCGAGCCCUGGCGCGGUGAGUUUUUUUUUCUUUUAAUAAUAUUAGUCUUUCUGACAAAAAAAAAGAAAAUUAAAAAAAUGUCAUAAGGGUGUAGCUGGAGAUAAUGACACCUGGCGAAUAAAUAUGUGGAUUGUGUGGGUAUUUGGACUUUGGAUUAUCCAAAUCCGCUAUAGGAUAAGAAUCUCCACGUGAUCAUCACGUGAUGACGUAGCCUCUUUGACUUUGUCCUCUUUUUUCUUUUUUUUUUCUCGUUUGUUUUUUUUUGGCUAAUUGUACUAAAAAUUUUGGUUCUGGGGCUAUUGGUGGAAAAUGGAGUUGCUCGUUUGUUUUUUC